UCUUGUUGCCUUUCACGUCUCGCAGCCCAUUCCAUCGAGUCGACAUUUCACUUUGAACGUGGUACUAUGUGUUCGGCAUUCAAGAGAUAGAUUAAAAUACUGGUUGUCUUUGUUGUUGUUAUUAUUGUUGCUGUUGCUGUUGUCUGUAUACAACAUUGGAAUUGACAGCUUCAACGUUGAAAAAAUCAUUAGUGUUCAUGAUGGCGCACAGUACGUGGCACAUUCAAUUCACUUCGCGAACAACAAUCGUUUUUCUUAUAAUUUAUUUUGUGUCGGCAAUAUUUUUAUUUGACAAUGUAACCGCGCAAAUUGAGAACCAACCAUGGUAUGAAGCAUUGCCAGCCGUUGCCAUGGAUUAUAAAGUGCAUUUACCAGCUGGCAAAGAAGAUUGUUAUUAUCAAUACGUCCAACAAGGCGCAACGCUCUACGUUAGCUUUCAGGUUAUUCGAGGCGGUGAUGGUAAUGCUGGCCUGGCGAUACGACAUCCAAACGGUCAACUGGUUAAAGCAUACGAAUGGCUACCAUCAUCCGAUUACUCGGAACCGUCGUCAACCGGCGGUUAUUAUGCUAUUUGUUUAGACAAUCAAUUCUCUCGUUUUGCCAGCAAAUUGGUAAACAUUUAUAUCACCGUAAUCAAAUAUGAUCAAUGGACCAAAUAUGCUCAGGAAAUCGAAGGAUUACAAUUGAAUAUGCAAAAUUUUACGCAUGCAAUUGGAAUAGUCGAACGAAACAUAAACAGUAUGCUUAUGUUUCAGUCUCAUACACGUAGUUCAGAAGCUCGUGAUUAUGCGCUGUUAGUCGAUAACAAUUCAUAUGUGCAAAACUGGUCGCUAAUACAAAUAUUCGUCAUUUUAUUGACAUGUUCCAUUCAGGUGUACUUUGUGCGAAAAUUAUUUGACAUAAAUACAGGAGGCUAUGGACGGGCACGUAUCUGAUAUACUAUCGGGCAAUAGAAAUGAAACAAAUUUCACUCAACACCAAAUGAGUGUCUCAUUAAUUGAAACUAAAUUAAAUUUAGUUUUUACCUCUACUCUUUUUUGUCUACGUGUAAAUAUUUGUACUGAUUGAUAUCGAUAAUAUAUAUAUAUUUUAUAUUGCAACACUACUUUUGAGCAACAAACAGCGAAAAGUCUUCCAAUAGUCUCAAGAAAGAGGUAAAAACAAACGAACUGAAAUAUUGAAAGAAAAAAUCGUUUGCGUUUAAUUUGCAAAAAAAAACGUUUAAUAUUUUUUGCCAAAUUAUUCGUUAGUAUUGACCUAAAUAAUUAUUGCAGAAACCACACAAAAAAAAACGUGAACAAUCAUUUCAAUUUGUUAAGUGAAAAUUCCAAUUUUGACUUUAAAUUGAACCGACCAUUGACAUUGUACUUAAAUAUCGCAUAAUAUACCGGAAAAAGGUUGUGAAUUCUUUUAUAACUUUAA